UCAGCAAAUACGCUCGUCAAGUACCCCAGUGCCAUUUUGGCUCAAACAAAGUCUGGAUUUCACAAAAUUCUUGCAAACUGUUUUUUCUUUCUUCGUUGUGCAACAUUUUGUAACGAUAGUGUUAAUAUAUUUUUAGUGCAUGGCUGUAUUCUUUCUGCUAGGUGUGAAUUAACAAAAAACGUAUUCCAAGGAAGUUCGUGCUAAACCGCUAACAAGGUUAGCGGUUAGCUUUAGGGGGCUGUCUAACGUUACGUGUCAUCAUUAGCAAGACACUAGUUACUUGAGCUAGCAAGCUAAUAGCUUAUUGCUAGUUAGCGUACUGCUAACUUUCGCCACUUCAUAAGGAAACAAAUAUGGGUGGAUGCUCUGCUCCAAAUUGCUCAAACUCCACCACUAUAGGUAAACAACUCUUUCGAUUUCCGAAAGACCCAGUACGAAGCAGAAAAUGGGUGAUAAACUGUCGACGUGAUUUUGUGCCGACUCCCUGUUCCAGGCUAUGCCAGGACCAUUUCGAAGACAGUCAGUUUGAAGAAAUCGCUAGAUCGCCAGCAGGGGGAAAGAAACUAAAACCUAAUGCCAUCCCUACCCUCUUUAAUGUGCCAGACCCCCCCUCUCCAAUCACGCCCCAGAUAACUCUACCUAUUAAACCAGAACCAGUGGAGAAGGACCUUAACGUGGGAGACCAUGGCUAUGCUCGGCGACAGCCCAAACUGAGUCCAGAGGAGGAGGCAGGACUGCAUAGAGCAGAGGAGGAGCGGCCUUGUUCCCUCUGUCAGCACUACAAGGCCCAGCUGGAGCAGCAGCAACACCACACAGCGAGGCUACAGAGAGAGGUAGAGGAAAUGAAGAAACGCCUCCACAAACUAAACAAGAUAGAGAAAGGACUGCAGAUGUUCCUGUUUGAGGACCAGAUCCGGGCUCUUACCUUGGCCAAGCGCUCACGCAGGGCUGUGUGGUCUCAGGACACCGUGCUAACUGCCCGCAAAAUCCGCUGUGCCGUCGGGGUCAAAGGGUACGAGUUCCUCAGAGACCUUGGAUACCCCUUGCCCUCCUACAGAACUUUAUGCAACCGAUUAGAACCCAAAACAAUGUCUACCAGCAUGCAGGAAGAGCUGGCUGAACUGGGCCUUGGUAUCAUGACGUCAUGUGACAGUCCAGAGGGCAGUGGAGCCAAUGACGAAGGACUUAUUGGUGUGAUGACAUAGAAGCAUUCUCUUUUCUGUUUUGUUUUAGAGUUUCAUGUUAUUAAUAUUUGGUUGAAGGCAAUAACGGAGGUGGGUCUAAAGGGAGCUUUGCUUUGGAGCCUGAUUGCAUAAAGAGUGUGUGAUCGAAGUUAUUAUUUCAAUAUUAAAUUUCCAAUGCAUUUUUUUAAAGUUGCUGGUGGAUUCUCAUCUGAAGACAUUGCACUUUGUAUUUCCAUCAUGCGUAAUACAUUAUUAGUAGCAUAGCUAAUAACAAGUAGAGAGCCAAAAAGCCAAAAUAUGCCGAAUAUCUAAGUAAUGGUGUUGAGCAGGAGUACGUUUGGCCUCAUUCCUUCAGCAAUGCGUUCGUGACAUUUAUCAACAGCAAGAUAGUGUCAUGACUUCAGGAGAAUUAUCCACUUAUAAAUGUGUUCUGAGUAUAAGAUGAGACAUUGUCUGAAUUCCCUCACACAAAAAAAUACUGAGCCAUAAAUUAAUUGUUGGUCAUGCUUUUACUAUUGUUUGACCUCGGCAGCGAAGAGGGAAGGCGAAAAAAGCAAGCAUUUGUGCUCUCUUUGCUCAAGUGAUUAACUAACGUAGGUCUACCCAGAAUUUGCUUUGUUUAGCGCACAGUUUUGUGAGGGACUUGGCAGAAUCGCAGCACACUACACACCAACAUGCCACCCCAUUUCUGGCCAGCACAGUAUAUUUCAUCCAAUUUCAUUUCAUACAGAAAUAUUCACCUCUGCAUUCUGUAUUUUUUGAGAGAAAACGUGCACCAUGACAUACGUUUUCUUCCACUACAAACAUUUACUGUGCCCUGUGGACACUGUCACUCUCAUUAUAGCUUGUUUUUAAAGUAAAUUCUUGUUUUGACCACAUGGUGGCGUCCAACCAAACAGAUUUAUGUACUUGCAGAAUGAUACAUUUGUGCAGCAUGCUAUUACCAAAGCAAAGGUAUUGUAAAAUAUUUUAAGAAUAAAUCUUUUCAACCUU